UUAUCUAAUUUAAUCAAUUGCCCAUCCAUGGAGCUGGAAGAAGGCGCUUCAUACAAAUUUAGAUUAGCUGCAGCCAACUUAAACGGACAGGGCGAAUGGAGUGAGGAACUUUUGGUUAAAUCACGCAAAAUUGGUUUACCCGCGGCACCAGUUGUAUACGAUUUUGUUUUAACUAAAUUUGGAGCUUGUCUAUCUUGGGAAACAUCUUCAGCCGACGAUCGCGAUAAUGUUGAAUAUUCUUUGUAUCUGGGCGUUAAAAGAAAAAAAAGAGAAAAAACCCAUAAAAUGAAAUUCAAAAUUGUGUAUUGUGGACAUGAAAAUCGAUGUUUUAUAAGAAACGCUGUACUGUCAGGUGCCCGUAUAGAUACCACCCAUUCGCCCGCGCUCAUUUUCCGGCUCCUUGUUAAAGGGGAUAACGGAAUCGGAUCAGUCAACCAGAUUAGAUGCUCUAAUGUUCAAACAUGUGUUAACAACAAGACCAUACAGCAGCUACUAAGGGAACAGCUAUAAUUUAUUUCAAAUAAUUCAUUUUUCUUGAUAGGUUCUGAGAAUUAAUAUAUUUUUGUUAGAUGUUUUUAUUUAUGUUAAUUAAUUUAUCAACUUUGCAAGAUACGAUGUUUCAAUUUUUUAU